AGGAUCAUACUGCAGACUGCGUUCUGCUGCUGCGAGCUGGAAAGACGCCCGGCGCUGCUUAACAGAAAGAUGAGGAUGAGGGCGGUUCUGGCCCUGCUCUGCAUGACCUUAACAUGUGGAGCUCAGAAGUGGAAACAGGAAACCUCACGAUUGGACCCUAAAGCAGAACACACCAGUGGCAAGACUUGUUCCAACCUGACCCAGGUGCUGGACAACUGGAAAUUUGCCAUUGUAACCCAAGUGAAAGACCUGCUGGUCAAUGACCACGCCUCUGUCCUACCUGAGUACAACAGGAUCCAGCCCCUGUCAGAUGCCCUGGGAGACCUCUACAGGCAGUUUAACUCCCUAAAAGAUGAGCUGGUGGUGCUCACCUCAAAGUUUGACCAUUUGGAGGGUUUUGUGGACGACCUCAAGGAAGGCAGAUUCACUGUGCCUCAGCGGCCGGUGCAGAGGGCCCCCCCCAGCGUUGGUCUGAGGUCUCCACUGCGAGCACAGAUGAGAGCUCCUGUCAGGGGCAUUAUCAGGGGGCCAACACUGCUCAGAGCGAGGAGGAGAGGGCCACAGAGAGUUUAGUCCUGUUGCUGCCAGGUUUUCGUCUCGUAUCAAUGCUGAUGUAUCAAACAAAAAUUUUUUUUACAUAUUUUUAAAAAGAUGAUUAGUUUCUAUAGUUCUAUUGAUGAGUGUGAUGUGAGAAUGGGUCACAUAAGCCUGACUGAUGCAUGGUGGAGAAAGGAUGACAGAUUUGUCUUUGCCUUUCUGUACAAAGCCACUUCUAACCACAAGGUGGCAGCAUUUAUCAAGUUAUGUCAACGGUCAUCCUGCUGCUUCCUCCGUGUGUGUCUGGACAUGGUUUAUAUUUGAGUUUUUUUUUUUUUUUCAAUGAAAAAUAGAUUCAUUUUCAACUUACAUUCAGCAGCAUGUGGUAUAUUGUAAAUGGACUAUACAGGCUUA